AUGACGUCCAGAGCGGCAAAGAAAAGAGCCGAGACAGAUGAAGCUGUUCAGAAUGCUGGAAUGAUACUCAAGCUCUCUAAGAAAGGAAGUGGAAUUACUGCGCACUCGGCCCUUCGAUUAGCAGGCAUCUCCACGGAAGAUAGAGCAAAUCGCAACCUCCAGAGACGAGCCCUUCGGGCAAGAGACAAACUGGAAGAUCAACGAAAGCAACUGGAAAAUGACUUUGAUGAAUUGGCCAUGGAAGAGUCCGACUCUGAAGACCUAUCGCAUCCAUUCCCUGAUUCACAGGAGUCCGUUAUCCCCAUCGUGCCAAAGCCUCCGGGCCGCAUGAGAAGGACCAGCAAACAAGCUGCGGCACAGCGAAAAGCCAACGUUCAAGUGAAAGACUUGAAGGCAAAGCUCUUUCAGGAUGCUGUCGAAGCUCUCCAAGAGGAAGAAUCGAAAGCAGCUGCAGCAACGAGGUGA